AUCUAGACCAUUGAAAAUGUAUGUGCCAUGUGUCGUGUAUCCAUUGAAAAAAAUACUACAGUCACAAAAACACACACGAAACAAACCCCAUCUCCCUCCGCCACUCUCGACCAACCAACUGCCAUUUGAGAACAGUUGUCAACUCCGACCACCGCAAUCACACCGUCGUUCCCAACUUGUCAUGGCAGCACUGCGAGACAUUUCUGCAACCUUGCUUUCUCGCUCCAAACCCCACACUUCUCUUUUUCAAUGUCUCUUCCUUCGUAGAAAGACUUCCAAGAUUUUUGUUAAAGGUUUAGCAUUUUCUACUACAGAAGAGAAAUUAGCCGAAGCUUUUUCUCAAUACGGAAAUGUUCUGAAAGCUGAUGUCGUAUUGAAUAAAGCCAAGAAUAGAUCGAAAGGUUUUGGAUAUGUGACUUUUGCUGAGGAGGAAGGAGCCCACAAGGCACAGAUUGGCAUGAAUGGAAAGAUAUUACACGGACGUGUCUUAUAUGUAGACAUAGAUCCACCUAACAAGGAGAAGAAAACUUAGAGCAGGCAACUAAAAAUACAAAGGUUGGUAAUGAAGAUAAACAGACAGACCUACAAGGUAAAACUGCACCUAACCUAAGGAGGGAAAGAGCCGCAACGCCUCCGAGCGCUUCUGGUUGAUAAUGUUAGUGUAAAGUUUCAUAUUUCGAUUAACCAAUGAAUAUAUGCACGGUACAUGGUCACACCAAUUAUUAAUGAGUACUUUUUGCACAAACAGUCUACUUAUUAUCAAUAUAUUUCAUUUAUAUUUUUGGAUUUCA